ACCGCGGUAUUUUGGUUUCAUUAUAGGCGUACCGCGGUUGCACGGCCACAGGUCUACAAGUCGGACGGAGCGCAACGCACCCAUAUCGGUCGUCAAAAAUCAAAUCCAACCGGCAACCGCAUACUCAGGCGUUGUGUGUGUCUGUAGUGCCUUGACGGUUGUCGCGCUACCACCGCACGGAUACCCAUACGAGCUGAGCGCAUUUAAAUAAUAUUAUAUAACUUAUUAGCCGAGUUCGUUAAAACAGCAAACCGUAAACCCCGCUAAGCGUCAGUGCAGUUAAUUGCCCGUAUCGCGGAGUCUUCUGUUAAAUAUGCUUUUGUUCGCUGAUCGAAUGCGUACAACACUGCAGUUGGCGUGCUUUCUUGCUGUUGCUUGGCGACCUGCCUUGGCCGUUGGCACGGAUCAGAAUCGCGAGAAUGAAGCUCAGAAUUUCUUGAAUUAUGCAAACCAAGAAUUGGCCAAGUGGACUAACAAGGUGAUACAAGCCGACUGGAAUUGGUCGUCGAAUCUUACUAACGAGAAUGCGGCAGAAAAGUUAACGGUCAAUGCGGCGUAUGGACAAUUUUUGAAAGACUUAUGGAAAGAAACGAUAAAGUUCCCAUGGACCACGUACAAAAAUCCGGACAUCAAGAGGCAAUUCAAACUGUUGUCCGUCUUGGGUACAGCCGCUCUACCGGAGGACAAAUUGAAAAAAUUCGAUCAAACAGUCUCCGACAUGGAAACCACAUAUGGAAAAGCGACUAUUCCAGAAUAUGGUGACGUUAACUCUAACCGGAGGUUGAGUUUAGAACCAGACAUAAAUGAUAUACUGGCAAAAAGUUUUGACGUCAAUGAGCUGAAACACGUUUGGAUUCAAUGGAGAGAAGCCACCGGCAAGAAGGUUCGUCCUAUGUUUUCGGAAUACGUGAAAUUAGCCAAUGAAGCAGCCAAACUAAACAAUUACACGGACAACGCCGAAUUUUGGAUCAGAGGAUACGACAUGGAUGACUUCCGGCCGCAGAUGGAACGUCUCUGGAAUCAAAUCCGCCCACUAUACGUCCAGAUACACGCGUACGUCCGCAGGAAGCUCUGGGAACGAUACGGCGGCUCGGUGGUCUCCAGGAAAGGUCCGAUACCGGCACAUUUAUUAGGUAACAUGUGGGCGCAGACUUGGGAACGAUUGGACGAUUUCACCCGACCGUUCCCGACCACCAACGACGUUAACCCGCAAACGGCCAUGGUCAAUCAGAAUUACACGCCGGUGAAAAUGUUCCGUAUAGCCGAAGAGUUUUUCACUUCGUUGAACUUGAGCGCAAUGCCUCAGUCGUUUUGGGAGAAAUCCAUUCUAGAGAAACCCAACGGCCGCGAACUAGUCUGUCACGCGUCCGCUUGGGACUUUUACGAUGCCAAAGAUUUCAGAAUCAAACAAUGCACUUCGGUCACGUUCAACGAUUUCAUCACGGCCCACCACGAAAUGGGACACAUUCAAUAUUAUCUGCAGUACAAAAAUCAACCUUUCAUUUACCGCGAAGGAGCUAACGAAGGUUUCCAUGAAGCCAUCGGGGACACUAUAGCCCUGUCCGUGUCCACGCCAAAACACUUGAACAAGAUUGGUUUGUUGCCUAAAGUGAGUCGCACGUACGAAGCCGACAUCAAUUACCUGUACAAAAUCGGCCUAGACAAAAUAGUGUUUUUGCCUUUCGGCUACCUGAUGGACCUGUGGAGAUGGAACGUGUUCAAAGGCAAAACCACCGAGGACAAAUACAACUGCGACUGGUGGACUCUGAGGAACGCGUAUCAGGGCGUCGAACCGCCGGUGAGCAGGUCGGAAAACGACUUCGACCCGGGCGCCAAGUAUCACAUCGUGGGAAACGUGCCGUACAUCAGAUACUUUGUCAGCUUCAUCAUACAAUUUCAGUUCCAUCAAGCGCUGUGCGAAAAAGCCGGACAGUUUGAUCCCAAAAACCCCAAAACUAAACCGUUGCACGAAUGCGACAUUUACCAGAGUACAAACGCCGGAAACGCUUUCAAAGACAUGUUGAAAAUGGGUUCGUCGAAACCGUGGUUUGACGCUAUGGAGCUGCUGACCGGCCAGAGGACCAUGGACGCCCGUCCGCUAUUGAACUACUUUAAUCCGCUGUACGAAUGGCUUCAAAAGGAAAACAAAAAGACUGGCGAAUACCUAGGAUGGGAAUCGUCUAAAAAAGUUUGUGUGCAAUCGGAAGAAGAACUGUAUCAGCCGAAAUUCGAUCAAUGAUAUACGCUUAUGUUUAAAGUUUUAAUCGACAGUAUUAUUAUGUUAAUAAAAAAAUUCGUUGGCGAAUUAUUAUUAAUGCGCUAGUUAUGAUUAGAUUUCAAGCGUUUAUGUAAAAUGCGAUACUGCAUUUAUUUUAUUUUAUUUUAAAAUUAUACGACUAUAUUAUAAUAACAUUAAAAAGUUGUUU